GGGAGAUCAUGGCAUGGACGUUGAUUAUUUUGACAAAAUUGCUGGUAAUUUGAUAAAAUUUUAUUCCGUUUUGAUGGCUUUUUUUACUUUAGCUAUAUGAUAAUUAGAGGAACUUUUUCUUUCUAUUAUUUCGUAAUAUUCAGAACCAUCUGUUAGCUACCUCCAAAAAUUAGAACUCGCAUUCAGAAAGAUUUAAAUAUAUAAGUCGAUCUUUUCAUGCAUCGAUUUGGGUGUUUUUAUAAGGUCUUAACUUUUCCAGCUGCGUGGAACAAAUUUUGAAUUCACUGUCAAUGAAGAACUAGUAGCAAUCGUUAACCAAUUCAGAGAGUUACGACAGGUUCGCGAGUAGUGAGCGAAAGAAGUCAACGUAAAUGAUUCUCAGUUCCAUGUCAGCCGGCUGAGCUUCGAUGCUUUAGUCUGGAGUAGCAGAGCCUUUAGCUUCACAAUGAGUCAAGCGACGGCAACUGAAGAGGGAUGAGGCUCACUGCCGUGGUCCUGGCAGGGUUUACGCUAUGGCACCUCUCGCACGGUGUGCCCAAAUUGAAUUCGUCGAAACUCCGCAACCAAUUGGCACCACAAGAUGUCACUCCUACAGUCAUAGCGGAGGUCGUGGAGAAAUAUGGUGGGGGAAGAACCGGCCCGUGCCAAUUGCUACUGUAUUUCGACCAGAAAACUGUAUCUAACGAACAGCUGCGUCAAUUGCAAGCAGUCUUAGGAUCGCCCAUAAUGCUAUUGGAUGUAACGAACAUUCGGCUCGGUUUGAUCACCGCUCAAAGAGGACCACCGGUGAUGCCGAAAGUGGAUCUUCUCACUAAUCGACCUGAAAAAGAAACAUGCCGCGUCCUUCUGAGUUGGUCAGAGGCAGGCCAUCAGCGCGGCCUUCUCGUACUGGCGAAACUUCUACCUGACAUUGUCCGACAGGAAGACACACUUAUCCUCACAACGGAAUACAAAAACAUCGGCAGCUUCAUCCCGGAACUGAACAGACGGAUUGUAGUUCGGAAAAAUGAGACUCCAGGUAAAAAUGCCAGUCAGGUCAGGUUUGUCGUUGAACAGUCGUGUUUGUCAUGCGGGUACUCGCCUGCAAUGGAAAAAAUUGGCGAAUUGGGCGAAUAUGCUGGCCUGACCUGGAAGAGGCGCUCCAAGAACCCUAGCUUAUUGGGCAAGAAGAUAAGAGUGACCUAUACUCCGUCAGUGCCCAAUAUUUACACAACAUCUGAAGGAGUUCUUGAUGGGCUUGAAUACCGCAUGCUGCAGUACGCAGCUGAAGCACUAAAUUUUACGUACGUUCUUCAAAUACCAGCAGACAACGAAUGGGGACGUUUUAUCAAUGGCUCGUGGACAGGAAAAGUUGGAGACCUCGUUAACAAUAGAAGUGAUUUGGCCAUUGGUGGAAUCGUAUACAAAUCCCAGCGAUCAGCAGUUGCCUUAUACAGCACCAUGUUUCAUCAAGAGCUCUGGAGCAUCGUUUGUCCUCGGCCGACAAAACUGCCCCUUUGGCCAUACAUAAUGUUUCCCUUCCGUAGCGAAAAGGCACCAUCCGUUUUCACGUUUCUAGUUUUGUUACACAUUGUCGCCUUCAUCAUCGCUUCUUUUGCCUCUUCUGUCAAGCAACGCAACAGGCAAAACGACACUCCUUUCAUGAAAUCCGUCAAGAACAUUUUUCUGGUGGCGGGCUCAUUCUACUGGCGUAUAAUGGCUUGUUUGUACUUUUGGAACUUGUUUUAUUGCAUUCUAGAGCCUCAAUACGAGGAACCUAUAAAUUCUUCUAUAGCCCUGCUAGAUUCAGCGAAGAAGUACGGUUUGGUACGCGGCACUACCGUGGAGACCGUCCUGGCCUCCAGUCUGGACGCUUCUCAGCAAAAACUUGCAAGAGACGCUCGCCGCCUGUCCUCAAUAUCAGAGGGCUUCUUCAACUUGGACACAAAUGGCAUGUGCAUCGUAGGCGUUCCCAAACGCUAUGCCGAGUCCACCAUUCGUACUCGGUACACCACUCAAUGUGGGGAGCCAGCAAUUCAGGUCAGUUCUGAGAACUUACAUACGGUCCUUGGAGGUUGGCUCAUGGCAAGCAAAUCACCGCUGAAAGAAAAAUUAGAUCCAAUCAUCGUUAGACUUCAAAGUUUUGGAUUCCUUAAUAAAUGGCAGGCAGAUUUGUACGACUCUUUAUCUCGUAGUAGAGACGAAAAAUUGCCCUGCGUCGUACAACCAGUCGGUUCACUCUCAUUUUAUGAUUUGAGGCUGGCAUUCUUGUUGCUCCUGGUAGGCUGGGGAGCGGCUCUCGUUCUGCUUGGUGCUGAAUACGCCGCUAAUUAUUUCAUUCAGAAGCUGGAAGACGAAUUCGGACCCAUGCAUGGAGAUCACAACACGUCCAUGAAUUACAGAAGAGCUCACACGCAGAGGACGUGGGCUGAACGAGUGUUGCGCCAGAUAGCGCCUCAUCGGCAACAAAUUCGGCGUCCGAUUGCGACUGAUGCAGAACUUCGACGUAGAAUGUACAUGUUCUUCAAAGAGAUGACGGAGCCAGAUUUCCUUCACCCCCAAGUGACAAUACGACCACCACGUGUUGCUGAGGCGCGAAGCUUACCUCAUUCUAAAUCUCAAACCGUAAUUGUCCAUCACCAAGCACCAAAUAGCGUCUCAAAAAAGACAUAUCCAAUUCAACCUACAUCUGCACACGCGUCAGCAGCCGCCAGACGUGCUCCCCUGGAUGUAGUAUCUAAACAAGCAACCUCUAUCACAGAAGUAAGGCCAUACGAAAUUCCGUUGUCACGGGCAGCAAGAGUUCCACCGUUGCAAAGGAAUUAUUCUUCAAGAAAAACGUCCAGGAGGAAACGUCUUCGUCUUCCGAACAUCCCAAAUUCUCCUGUUAACGCUUUGCCGCGAUUGCGGGAUCCGCUUGUUCGUUUCUUCAGUGCUAAGCAGCGUGUUCAAAAUCUGAUCCCCAGAGACAGUGACGGAGGAGACAGCAGCGCUCGCUUGAAAAGUUCGCUACACUUGACCAGGAAACGGCUCUUGCAUCACAGCGCUUCGAGAAAUGAAAAAUCCAUGGAUCUUGUAUCACCAUCUGAUCCAGAACAAAGAGAAAUAAACAAUGAUAAGGAAGAUUCAAUUGAUGAUAUUUAAAUAAAACUAAAGAUUAUAUCAGUGCUUUUAAGAAAUGGAUGAAUAUUAUUUUUUGACAUUCUUAAAUUGAUGAGAUUUCUCGUGAAGGCAGUUAAUUUCAGUUAUUAAUAUUGGAGCGAACUUGUGAACAUGUUAUUAAACAUCUCUCUGUACCUAAUCAAACAUUAUUACCUACAUGCGGUGGCCUGAAU